AUGUCGUUGUUCGGAGGCUCCACGGCCAAUUCCAACCCAUUCGGCGCCUCUGCCUUUGGCAGCAGCACACAGAACAAGCCUUCCAUGUUUGGUGCGAGCACCCAGCCGCAGCCGAGCUUAGGAAGCAGCCUUUUUGGUAGCACUACCAACAACCAGCAACAGCAGCAGCAACAGCAGCAACAGCAGCCGCAGCAACAGCAAAACACCGGCUUUUUCGGCGCAAGCAUGAAUAAGCCUGCCGCCUCCAGCGCAUUUGGAGUCCAGCCUCCUACGCAGUCGACCAACAACAACUUCUACGGCGGCUCCACCGUCUUCGGCAACCCGCUUCCACCAGCCCAGCACCCGAGUCAGCUGAGCGCCUCGACGAACAAUGUCUGGACCCCGCCGCCUCCAGCCCCCCUCGGCUUCCUCUCCGUGAAAACAGACCAAAAGUCCAUCCCCGAGCAGAUGGCCGACCUGAUCGCCAAGUGGAUGCCCGAGCAGCGCAACACGGUGUUCCAGCACUACUUCUACAACCAAGUGGACCCGCAGACGGUGCCGUACUACGUCGCGCCGGCGGACGAGGACGCCAAGGCGUGGGAGGAGGCGCUGUCCAAGAAGCCCAACGAGGGCGCGAUCCCGGUGCUGGGCCGCGGCUUCCGCGCCGUGGCGGGCCGGCUGGAGACGCAGGCCAAGGCGGUCGAGGCGCUGCAGGCCCGCCUGCACGAGAUGAACAACAGCCUGACGGAGAUGCUGCAGAAGCACGACCUGGAGGUGACGGUGCGCACGACCGAGGCGAAGCGCAAGCACAUUGCGCUGACGAAGCGCUGCCUGGCGCUGGCGACCAAGGCGCAGAUCCUGCGCAACAGGGGCUACGCCAUGGACCCGCGCGAGGAGGAGCUGCGCAAGAAGCUGAUGGAGCUGGAGAAGAAGGCGUUCGAUCCCAUGCUCAACGGCCGCCAGGAGGAGAUUUGGGCGAGGAUGAGCGCCGUGAGGGAACGCGCGAGGACGCUGCAGGAGGAGCUUGAGAAGCUUGGGAAGAGCGCGGGCAAGCCCGAGGGCGAACAGCUGGAUGAGGAGCAUGUCAAGGCGAUCAGGAAGGUUCUGGGCGACUUCGACAAGCAGCUGGCCCAUCUGCGUGAGGAGCUCAUCCGCGUCACCAAGGAGUGGAAGGAAUGGCAGGAGUCGAACAAGCCGAUCUCGGGCGGUGGCAGAUGA